CGGAGGACUCCAACUGUACGAACCUGCAAGCGCAGCUGCAGCAAUGGAGGGAGACAUGGCCAGCUACUACCUGGAGCAGGUCAGUAUAACUGAAGGAUCAGAUGAUGGGUACCAGUAUGAAGAGGUACCUGCUGAUGAUGAUUUUAGCCUACCAGAAGAGGAUGAAGACCUUUUCAGGGCAGUGAGGACAGCUCAAGAACAGGCCGAAGACAUUCAAUUGGCAACAUCCCCGCUAAUCGCAACAAGAUCCGACUCUCAAAGGCCUGAAGUGGUGGAUGAUUUUCUUCGAAAUUUCUUGAUAAAAAUGGGAAUGAUGAAAACCUUGGAAUGCUUUCAAACAGAAUGGUAUGAAAUGAAGCAGAAAGGCCUCCUGAAGCCCGAAGCAAUUGGGUUUGUCCCAGAUGUCUACAUCCAUAACCAGCUGCUGGAUACUGAAAUAAAGAAUCUAAAGAAGGAAGUGGAAACCUAUAAAACAGUAGCAAGCAAAGCUAAAGAAUCCAUCCUAAAGUUGCAGAAAGAGCGCAAUUUCCAUAGAAUGCAUCACAAGCGUGUGGCUCAGGAAAAAAAUAAACUCAUUACUGAUAUCAAAAGGUUGAAGGAGCAUUAUGCAUCGUAUGAACCACUGCUCAGGCAGCUACAUGAGAAAUACCAAACGGUUCUGCGCCAGAAGAUGUUGACCAGCCUGGAAAGGGAUCGAGCUGUUGGAGAGGUGACUGGUCUGCAAGCUACCCUGAGAAACUUGGAGUCUGGUCAUAAAGCAGAGGUUGCUGUGAACAAAGAAGAGAAUAAACAAAAAAAAGGAAAUGAUACUACUCAAAAAGCAAUUCAGGAGGCUCGAGAAAAAGAGCUCUUGCAGGAAGGAGUUGCUCCCUAUAACCCAGAGAAAGAUCCAAACAACCAGACUGGAAAGAGACAUCCAAAGGACUCGGACUUUCCAUCAGACACCAGAGUGAACCCUCUCUUGGCUCAAUUACAGGGAAAGAGCAGCCUCAAAAAGAAUGGAUUCUCUCUGAGCAACACCAUCAAGGCACAUGAGUUGGCAGUGAGCUGUUUGGCCUUGCAUCCAAGAAAAGACAUAUUGGUAACCGCUAGUGAUGACCGCCUUUGGAAAAUGUGGUCCAUCUCCAACGGUGAAAUCAUUAUGACUGGUGAAGGACACACAGACUGGCUUUCUGGCUGUGCUUUCCAUCCAUCAGGCACAAAGUUAGCAACUACAUCUGGAGACACAACUGUUCGUAUCUGGGACUUUGCGCAGUCAGAAUGUAUCCUAACACUGGAAGGGCACACACAUGCAAUUUGGGGCUGUUCUUGGCACUCAUGCGGGGAUUUCGUAGCUUCCUGCUCCUUGGAUAACAACAGCAAGAUAUGGGAUAUCAAUAGUGAAAGGUGCCGAUACACCAUGCGAGGCCAUGUGGAUUCUGUGAACAGUAUUGAAUUUCUGCCGUAUUCUAACAUCGUCCUCACCAGCUCUGCAGAUAAGACGCUGUCUCUUUGGGAUGCCAGAAUUGGAGUAUGCGCGCAGACCUUUUAUGGACACCUUCACUCCUGCAAUCAUGCUUCCUUUAACAUGAAGGGGGAUACCAUUGCUUCUUGUGAUUCAUAUGGCGUGUUGAAGUUAUGGGAUGUGCGGAAAGUGGCAGCAGUGCUUUCUGUUGAUGCAGGACCUCACCCUGGAAACCAUGUGGCCUUUGACCCUUACGGUCAAUUGGUGUCCCUAGCCAGCAAUGAUGGGUCGGUCAAAAUACUGUCUUUAACAUCUGGGCAGCUAUCAAGUUUGGAGGGCCAUGAAGAGGAUGCCCAAUGUGCAUUAUUUAACCACAAAGGGGAUUACUUAAUCUCUGGAGGAUCUGAUGGAGCUGUCAAGCUUUGGUCCUGAAAAAAAAUCUACUACAUAACAAUACCCUAUACAAACUAAAUGGAAAACAGUGGUGGUAUAUGUUACGUUGUCACAUUAAAUGUGUGUCUUAAGCAUUCAAUAAAAUAAUUUGUUAAUGAGG